UGAGCUUUAUCAGCCGCAAGGCAAAGGCGACCACCAUUGAAAUCGCCGCCGCUGCCAUUUUACAUGCAAAACGACGAAAUUGAUCUAGCUCUAUGCGGUGACAAUUACAAUGAGCCAACCAUCGAGUCGCCUAUUGGCGGCCACCCGUACUCGCAUAUCCUCUUCUCAACACACCCGCCAAUGCCUUCGCUCAUUCUCUCAAACCUGCAUACGACGAGAUGAAUCCGAUUCCACUCCCAGUGCAUACACGCCGAACAGACUCCUCCAAUCCCUUAGUAGGCAACGCACUACACAGGCGCCUCAAUCGACAGGACCCCCACGGCCGGGAGCUGGACCUGGGCCCGGCUCGUCGGUGUCAGCUCUACAACGAAUUCUAGCACAAGAUGCCGUCGCAAGGGCGCGCAACCAGCCUACGAACGACCAGCUCCUGCAGGAGGCAGCCAACAAACAAGAAGACUGGGGCCCAUCGACCGAGCCUUUCCACUUUCACAUAUAUUCGCAUAAGCACAACGCGCAUAUCACGGUGACGAAGCCCAAUCGACAAGCCAUUAUCAGCAUGUCCACUGGCAAUAUCGGCUUUAAAAAGUCGAAGCGCAGUUCCUACGAUGCCGCCUACCAACUGACAUCGUAUGUCAUAGACAAGUUACAUCAAGGAAACUGGCACAACACUAUAACAUCUAUGGAAGUCGUGCUGCGGGGCUUCGGGGCUGGACGGGAGGCCGCAACCAAGGUUCUCUUGGGCACUGAGGGUCGUAUGCUGAGGAAUAAGAUUAUUAUGGUAUCGGACUCUACAAGGCUGAAGUUUGGUGGUACAAGAAGUCCGAAGGCCAGAAGAUUGGGUUAGAGAGUUAGCAAAGACAGCCAGUGUAUAUCAUACCCUAUCACCAUGUACAUUUAUGGACAAAAUCACGCAGCAAAUGAAUAUGGA